AUGUUUUCCAAGUCCUUAACAAGUAAGGAUACGUUCCUUGAGCAGACUAAAGCGGCGAGGGAAGAACGCGCACUGGAGAAAAAGCGCGAGCAAUCUGCUAUAAGGAUUCAAGCAAUUGUGCGAGGUUGGCUUGCACGACAGCAAUUUAUAAAAAUAAUAAUCAAGGAAUUUGAUAAAUUGCUUCCUGAAUAUACACCGCAUGGAUCACAAGAUGAAGUAACCCCUACAAUUGAUUUGAUACCGGCUUUGGAUGUUUAUAGAGUAACAUGCCGCUUUUUCUUAGUGUUUAAACAGCACAGAGACAGAAAGAGGUUUGAGAGGCUCUGUAAAUAUAUAGUGCAAAGUUUGCAUUCUGAAUCUGUAAAACUGUCAUACGUUGGUGUUUUCUUAAACAAAGAGUACAGUCUUCGUUGGAUAGCUCACAUAAAGAUGUUACUCUACAAAUGCUGUUUAUAUCUUGAAGAGUUGAAACCCGAGUCUCCAGUGGACAUGCAGAGUAUUCUUAUACACUUACAUACCCUCAUAGCUUUUACAGCCACCAACACAUGGGCACUAACUAGGCUCAAGAACUUUGAUAAGCUCAGGGGUGGUAUGACACAGUUAUGUGCUAAUAUUAUGGGAUCAUUAUUCCACAAAGGCUACUAUUUAACGUUAAAAUCACUGCUUCUUCGUGGUUUGUGUCGUGAAAAAGUUAGCCUAAAAAAUAUAUCACUGACUGCAAUAGUAACACUAUCACUGCGGCCACUUGUAUCAGCUCAAUUUUCAGAGAAACUUCUAACAAUGUAUAUUAUACAGAUUUUAUCAGUACCUACACUGGUUUAUCAUAUGCAACAAAUUUCUCCAGAGUCAAUAGCUGCUUUCCGCGCGCAUUCAAUGUUCGACAAAUGCUUGGAGUUUCUGAACACCGAUCAAAACAUGCGAAUUGUAUUCAAUACGUUAGAAGGAAACUAUGCAUUGUGCCUACUAGCCAAUAUGAUACAAUUAGCACACUUGGAGAGGGAACAUGCACUACCUGAAUCUUACUAUCCUACCUUUACGUUGGUGGUAACGCGAUUUUUAGAUUCAUGCCAACAAUAUGUGGUUUGCAAAAAAGGGAACUUGAGUAACUGGCACCCUGUUCUUGGAUGGUUUUCACAAGGUUUGGAUGCUUACUUACCUCCAACGAUGGGUAAUCUUCGUAAUCAAUUGUCUUUGUUAUGGGGAGCACCACUGCUGAAAAAGAUAAUGGCAACACCUUUGAAAGAAAUGGUUGAGGCUGGUGUAAGUGGUGAAGAAGGUGCUGGACCAUCCCAACCAUCAACACCCGUGCAGAGUAAUAACCCUGCAUCCUUUAUUAGGAGGGCAAUCGAAGCUAGAACAAACAGUGUAUUUUUUAGAUCCAACUCCCACAAGAACUACAGGAAACUAGGCUCACCAGACUGUACCAAAGCGGCAUUGAUCUGUUCAAUGUACCAUACUGCGCUGCAAACAAUGACACAGGUUAAAUUGGACAUCCUAACAGGUCUAUGCAAUCAAGAUGAAAUUCUAUAUUCCCUAUGGCAAUUCUUGUGCACGUUGGGACCAAAUUGCGGUCUCAAGUCCUUCCUUGACCUCUUAGCCGUGAAUACAAAGACCUCUGCGCCAGAGUUUCAAAUGUUGAUCCUCUUCGCUGAUUGCAUGACACACUAUGUUACAAUUUUGGACGACAUGGAGAUGUACGAGCAACAGGAACCGUUCAAGCUGCACGAUUUCGUGGCGAUGUCGCAUUUCCUCAAUAUGUUCGUGUACAAAACCAUUAUGGGGCAGUUGUUCGAUCUGAAGUUCGUCCAGAGCAACUCCCUGUUCGCUUCCCUCCACACGCUACUUCUCGCAUUGUACCGCCGCGACUGCAGGCGCUCCUACACUCCGCCGAACCAUUGGUUGGUGCGCGAGAUACGCGAAACGCAGUUCAUGGCGGACCUGGAGAAGGGCAAGAAGCCCCAGCAGGUUCUUGUACAAAAAACACCGCAUAUGAUAGCACACAGCGAACGCGUGAGACUGUUCAGACGAGCAGUCGCCGAUGAAAAGGUGGUGCUGGGGUUGACGGAGCGUGCGUGCGUGUCGGGGGCCCGCUCCACACUGGUGACCGUCCGCCGCGCGCGGCUGGUGGAGGACGGCUACCGGCAGCUGGCGGCGUUGCCAGCUCGCGCCCUCAAGGCGGUGGUGCGAGUGCGCUUCGUCAACCAGCAGGGGCUCGACGAGGCCGGCAUCGACCAGGACGGCGUCUUCAAAGAGUUCCUGGAGGAGACGAUCAAACGCGUCUUCGACCCCUCUCUGAACCUGUUCCGCGUGACGAGCGAGGAGCGCCUGUACCCAUCGCCCACCUCCUGUCUGCAGGAGAACCAUUUGCAGCUCUUCGAGUUCAUCGGCCGGAUGCUGGGCAAGGCGGUUUACGAGGGCAUCGUGGUGGACGUUCCGUUCGCGUCGUUCUUCCUGAGCCAGGUGCUGGGGCAGACGCAGCAAGCGCUCUACAGCUGGAUCGACGAGCUGCCUUCGCUUGACCGCGACCUCUACCGCAGCCUCACCUACAUCAAGCACUUCCAGGGCGACAUCUCUUCGCUGGAGCUGACCUUCUCGGUGGAUGAGGAGCGGCUGGGAGAGAUCGUGACCCACGAACUGGUUCCCGGCGGCAAGGCGAUACCAGUUACCAACGAAAACAAAAUAAACUACAUCCACAUGAUGGCCCACUUCCGAAUGCACACGCAAAUCAAAGACCAGACGAACGCCUUCAUAAAGGGAUUCAGGACAAUUAUAAAUCCCGAGUGGCUUUCUCUGUUCUCCACGCCUGAGCUGCAGCGGCUGGUGAGCGGCGACAACGUGCCGCUGGACCUGCGCGACCUGCGCCGCCACACGCAGUACUACGGCGGCUUCCACGACUCGCACCGCGUCGUCUGCUGGCUGUGGGACGUGCUGCAGCGAGACUUCAGCGAGCAGGAGCGCGCCAUGUUCCUCAAGUUCGUGACAUCGUGCUCGAAACCUCCCGUCCUCGGAUUUGCUCACUUGAAACCACCGUUCUCGAUACGCUGCGUGGAAGUAGGCGACGACGAGGACACAGGCGACACUAUUGGUAGCGUCAUCAGGGGAUUCUUUACUAUCCGAAAGAAGGACCCCUUAAACCGUCUCCCCACUUCUUCCACUUGCUUUAACCUCUUGAAACUUCCCAACUAUCAGAAACGGAGCACAUUACGGGACAAACUGCGCUAUGCAGUCAACAGCAACACUGGCUUCGAACUCUCU